AGCCCACCCUCCUUCCUGCGUCAAACAGUGUCCUCCACACCCAGCUUAUCCUGCCAUCCAUCCUUCGACCUCGAGAAGGUCAACACCCGUCGACGUCCGUCCGCAAAUGGGUCCUCGGUACCACUGAGAAGAACAUCUUCUCCUCUGCCAUCCGAACCUCUCAGCCGCUCGAGCGCGAAAGCCUUCCGAAGGAUCGCCAAAUUUCAUCCAUUGUUUAGCGGUUUUCCACCCCAGGUCGGAGAAAAUGGCAGCCAUUCCAUCCGGCGGUUCCCUCGUCGCCACUCACGAUUACUACAGAAGGCGCAUCGGGUCCACCUCCAGCAGCAGCUCAUGUAGCAGCGCGGAAUACUCAGGAGAGGUCAUACCGCACCACCCUGGACUUCCCAGGCAAGACUCGGGCCACUGGUGGACCUCCUUUUUCUUUGCAAAACCCACACCCGAAAGCCAAAAAAACGGGAUCUACACAGUGGGCAAUGGUCAGGUGACCUGCGUGGCCAGGGAAAUGCUGCUCAAGCGCCAAGUGAGCGAGAGCAGCGACACGGUUAAGCCAGACGCCCCCGCUCCCCCCCAGCCGCCCGCCACCUCUUCCUAAAGCCCCGCCCCCUUGGCGCCGACUUGCCGUCACCUUCCAGACGGAGAUGGCGGCGCCGACGACCACCACCUAUUACGCUAAAUACAUUUGCUUUUUUUCUUGUAUAGUUUUCAUUUGUAUGACGACCAAAAAACGACAUGUUUUUCAUCCAUUUCUUUGUGGUUUCUCAUCAUUGCGGAUACAAAUAAAAUAAAAUAAAAAUCCAGCAUU